CCCAUCUCACCUCUACCACCCCCCUCUGCAUCUCCCAAUUCCAUCUCCAGCCAUGGCGACGUGUCCACGAUGCGCUCUCCGCGCCAUACGCAUCCCCAAGAAAACCCGCCCCACGCCCACCCGUACCUUCCACACCUCCCCAACCCACCACCGCCUCGGAGCCUUCACCUACGCCCAAGAAUGGCAAACAGGAAGCUACCACUACAACAAAGCGCUGACCAAAACCCUCCCCACGGCCUCGCAACGCACCGACGACCUGCUCCAAAACUACGCCACGCAAUUCGCGCGCAGCUCGCACGCCGACCCGUCCAGCCCGCUGUCGAAGCAAAUCCAGCGCAACAGCGUGGUAGCCCAGCGGAGGCGGCCGGAGCGGUACUUCAUUAGCAAAAGCACGGCGAAGGACUUUGGGGAUCGCGUGGAGGUUACGGCUUUUGUUUAUGAUCAGGUUGCUGCGGAGGAGCAGGCGCGGGCGGCGGCGAGGAAGAAGAGGGAGGAGGCUAGGGGGGCGCAGCGGAAGCGUGGGCCUGCGAGGAGGGGCGGCAGGGCUGCUGGUGGUGCUGCUGCUGGAGGGAGGGGUGGAAGGACAAGUGGAGGGCCGAUGAGGACUGGUGGACCGAUGAGGACUGGUGGACCGAUGAGGACUGGUGGACCAAUGAGGACCAACGCAGCGCCGAUGAGGAGUGGUGGCGCGGGUGCGAGAAGACCAGGGGGUGUAGGGGGAGGUGCGCCGCGUCAAACAGGAGGUGUGACGUUCAAGACGCUGGAUCUCGGAAGGUCGAGGGCGGGAGGCGCUGGUGCUGGUGCUGGUGCGGGUUCACGGCCGUCUGCACCCACGAGCUCGUCACGAUAGACGUUGUGGAGGGAAGCGGUAUUUUCCCACGCAAUGAACAUUUCGCCAGACAAAGCGACAGCAUAGCAUCAUCUAGACUCCAACAGAAGAGUCCAAACACUGCUUGUCACCCAUCACAAUGCAAUUCGGAACAGGAACACAAGUCAUUGCAUAAAUCUAG